CUCCCGGUUCCGGCGCUGUAGGGGCCCGGAGUAGCGAGUCUCCGGCACCAUGUCUGGUUGGUCUGGCCCAGCGGCCCGGCGUGGCCCUGGCCCGCUGGCAUUGCUGUUUCUGUUCCUGCUCGGCCCCAGCUCCGUCCUCGCCAUCUCCUUCCAUCUGCCCGUUAACUCUCGCAAGUGUCUCCGCGAGGAGAUCCACAAGGACCUGCUAGUGACGGGCGCGUACGAGAUCACCGACCAGUCCGGGGGCGCUGGCGGCCUGCGCACCCACCUCAAGAUCACAGACUCCGCUGGCCAUAUCCUGUACUCCAAGGAGGAUGCAUCCAAGGGGAAAUUUGCCUUUACCACGGAAGAUUAUGACAUGUUUGAAGUGUGUUUUGAGAGCAAGGGAACAGGGCGGAUACCUGACCAACUCGUGAUCCUAGACAUGAAGCACGGAGUGGAGGCAAAAAAUUACGAAGAGAUUGCAAAAGUUGAGAAGCUGAAGCCGCUGGAGGUGGAGCUGCGGCGGCUGGAAGACCUUUCGGAAUCCAUCGUUAAUGACUUCGCCUACAUGAAGAAGCGAGAGGAGGAGAUGCGGGACACCAACGAGUCAACAAACACUCGGGUCUUGUACUUCAGCAUCUUUUCAAUGUUCUGCCUCAUCGGACUAGCCACCUGGCAAGUCUUCUAUCUGCGUCGCUUCUUCAAGGCCAAGAAGUUGAUUGAAUAAUGAGGUGCGGUCUCCUCCCACCUUGGAUCUCAGCCAGCAGAACAUCGCUGGGACGUGCCUGGCCUAAGGCAUCCUACCGCCAGCACCACCAAGGCAUGUCGGAGUACCACCUACAACCUACAAGUCAAUGAGGGACUUCUUUUUAACUUGGUAGGAUUUGGACUCAUUUUGCAACAAUAGGACUAUUCUUAGAGUCACCUAAGACAAAAAAUAGGGGUUACCUAGAUGAUGCCAAAGCCAGCAUUUGCACUGGGUUUCCUCGUGUGAUCUGUUCGAACCGUUUUCUUUCCUUUUCCCACUUGCUCACCAGCUUGGGCUCCCAUACCAGUUCUUUUAUGAAGAUUUGUAUGACCACAUGGAACCUGUUUCAUUCUCAUUGUCCCCUCAGGUUUCUUUGCAAAAAUACCCUUCCCUUUCUCAUGGCCCUUAGCUGAAAUGUUUACGUGGCUUCUCGUGAUAUCCGUUCGUAAUUUUAUGUCUCCCCAAAGGGACAUGGAUGUGACACCUCAUGAAAGAGAGCUUUGACCUGCAGAUAACUCUGAAAGGAAAUUUCAUUUUAGGCAAUUAAAAUAUUUGUGUUCAACUGCUUGAGCUUUUUUCGUGUAUGUGUGUGUGUUUAGUCCUAUGCAGUUUUAUCACAUAUGUCAGUUCAUGUGACCAACAUUGCGAGAGAGAAAACAGUACCAUCACACGGUUCCCUUGUGCCUCCCCUCUGUAGCCACAGCCACCUCCCUCCCUGACCCAGCCUCUGGCUACCACUGAUCUGUUCUCCAUCUAAUUUUGUUAUUUAAAAACAGACAAAUGAAAUCAUACAGAGUAUAUCCUUUUGAGAUUGAUUUUUCUUUGACCCAGCAUAUUCUCUAAAAAUCCAUCUGAGUUGUUCCAUGUCUCAGUAAUUUGUUCCCUUUUUUUGCUGAGUAAUAUUCCCUGGUGUGAAUGGACCGUGGUUUGCUUAACUUUCACUCACUGUAGACAUGGGAUGUUGUCAGGUUUUGGCCCUUACUAAUAAAGUUCCUGUGAACACUGAUGCACAGCCUUUUAUAAUUUUCAUUUCUCUGGGAAAAAUGCCCGUAAGGGCAAUGGCUAGGUUGUAUGAUAAGCACACGUUUAUUUUGAUAAGAAAACUGUCCUACGCUUUUUCCAGAGUGGCUGUAACAUGGUUUUAUGCAAUGAGUGACUGAUCCACUUUGUCCACCAUCAUCACUAGCAUUUAGUAGUCUUCCUUUUUUUUAACUUUUGGAUAGGCUUGUGUAAAUGAUGUCUUACGGUUUUGACUUGCAUUUUCCUACUGGCUAAUGAUGCCGAACAUCUUUUCAUGUGCUUUUUUGCAACCCGUAUAUCCUCUUCAUUGAAAAAUAAUUGUCCCAUUUUCUAAUUAGAUCACUUGUUCUUUUUACAUCAUUGAGUUUUGAGAGUUCCUCAUAUAUCCUGGAUAGAAGUUCUGUAUCAGAUAUGUAGUUGUUUUGGUUUUUAGUAUAAUUUCUACCAUGGAAAAAGAAGUAAAAUGUAUCAACUCUUUACAUGGCCAGUCACUAGUUCCUGUCCUGUGUGUUCUUCCUAGAGAAUUAAGACACAUGAGGUGUAGAAUAGACAUCUAGGAAGGUCAUGAAGAGAGGAGACACUUCAAAAUACAUGUUAGGAAAGCCAAGAGUCAUUGUGGGGGUAAGAGGUGCCCAAAGGCCAACGGUGAUGUAAAUAAAGGAAAACAAAUGAGCAUGUUCAUAAACAGUUCAGAAAAAUGCCACUUGGAAUCUUUCCUACGGCUCCCAGCAAGGUAGGUAGGAGUCUGUUCUUUCUGUAAUUUCUUUUUUCAUUUUAAUUUUUUGUUUACUUUCAUCUUCUUUGAAAAGCAGAAAAAGAGACAGAUUGAGAGAGACCUUCCAUUCAUGGGUUCACGGCCCAAAUUCCUACAACAACCAGGGCUGGGCAGGAUCCCAGAACUCUCCCCAGGCCUCCCAUGUGGGUGUUAGGAACCCAACUUCUUGAGCCAUCAUCUGCUGGCCUCCCAGGGUUCCCACCAGCAGAAAGCUGGAUGGGUAGCAGAGUAGCCUGGACUCAAACCAAGCACUCUGAUAGGGGAUGCGGGCUGCCCAGGGACAGCCUAACCAGUGCACCAAACACCCGCCCUGCAGUCACUUUUUAACACGGCUGUUACAGGCCUUGUCUAAUUACAGUGGCAAGAAUGAAAGGAUUUGGGCCACGUAGUUUGCUGCGGAGAUGAAGAAAAUGGGAGUGAUCGGAGAACACUGUUGUGUUGAUCAGGAUAAAGUACAAAGGUGGAAUAGGAAGUGAGCUGUGGCAAAUCUCAGGCUAUUUUUCCUGUUAAUGUUCCAGCUAGUACAAACCCAGAAGCCUUUUUUUCUUCCUUCGUAUGUUCCUCUUAUGCGGCAUAAAAGUGGUUCUCUUUAGCUUGUGCAACGUUGCCAUCUGCUGUCAAGAGUGAUUCAGUACUGCUUCAGAGAAUUUGGCAGUAGAGGCCUUGCCAUAGGGGCAGCAGAGGUUGAGAAAGUCUAUCUCACUACAUAUACUACAUGACAGAGCUUGCAUGCCAGUAGGGGAAAGAAUAAACACAUGUAUGGGUUAAGAUCCAUCCUUUGGCUUUUAAAUGUGAAAUUCCAUUCUGUUCCAUGAGCUUAACAAGACAGUCACUUAUUUCUGAUCGGUGCCUUUCCCUUUUUUAAUGAGUAGUGAAAGCCACUGUUGGUUAUGGUCUUCUGUUCUGACAGAAUGUCCGAGAAGGUAGGAGAAGAGUGUGAUGUUUCUGUUCCGAAGUGUGACUCUAAGUUUUGUGGAAAUCCUUUCACAUCCCUUCCUUUUUCUCAUGCCAAAACUACCAACUCAGACAUUAGUGCUUUUUAUUUAAAAGUUGAUAGUAGAGCUUGGUGUUAUCUUGAAAGUAAAAAGUAUUUGCUUUUGGCAGAAGGCUAGUCCAAGAGCAAACGGCUUCCAAGACAGGGAUGUUACCUGCUUUCCCCCAUCACUCAGCAUAAUGUUCAGAAUGGUCUGUGUAACAUAAAUGAGACUGAUACAGUUCAAUUUUGUUAUACCAUUGUCAUGAACCCCUGUCAUAAAGCCAUUUUUCUAUUUGUUUAAUGGAAAGAGGCAUGUGGGAUUUAUACAGCUUGACUUAUAAGUGUUGGAUCGGGGAUUUUUGUGUAAAUUUUCUCAAAUAAAGGCUAGCAGAAACCA